AUGGAUGAGCAGAAGAAGGCUGUGGCUUCCUUGAAAGCGCUGGACAGGCGCUUUGUGAAAGGGGGCUUCUCGAUGCACGUAGGAGAAUUGGCCCUUGGUGAAAUCCUAGGGUAUGGUAGCACCGGGGAGGUGCAAGCGGGGGUAUUUGAGGGAUGCGACGCAGCAUUCAAAAUGCUGCUCAUCGAUUCCCAUGAGGAGUCCUAUGGAGCGCUGGAGCGUUUGAUCAAUGAGCGCGACGUGUACAGCAAAGAGUUAGCUCAGCUGCAAGGGUCAUUGGUGCCUCAGCUCUUGGGCCAUGGCCUUGUGGAGGGGCACUUUGGCCAAGUGGCUCACACAAUUGUGCUGACAAGGAUCAAGGGCACAGUGUUGAAUGACAUGGAUGUGACACCAGAAUUGGAAGCAGCUGCGUUGCGCGUUCUUGAGCAAGUGCACAAGGCGGGCGUGCUGCACAAUGAUCCCAGGGCACUCAACUUCAUUUGCACAACCUCCGGACCUGCAGGUGACUAA